GUUUCGUUUAGAUUUAUAGGGAUGAUGUAAAUAGGGCUAGGUAGUAAAUAAAUAUGUGACAGAUAUAUCAUAAAUGAAGUCUAUUCGCACGUGUUCCAGUGUUGAUUUUGAGAGGGCGGGUCAAAACGGCUAUAUCUAUUUUUAUAGACUUUCCGAAUCAUGGGUCAGAAUUGUACCGAUAGGAUGGUCUACAUAAUGAAAGGCCUAGAAAAUAUAGAAUACUAUUGCGUUUUAUUUGAAAUAAAAAUGUACACCUCUAAAAAACACCCUUCAUUUUUAUAAAUAUCACAUGUAUUAAUUGACUGAUUUAUUUUAACUUAUGUAUGUAUGCGUAUAUAUACAAAUAUAUAUUUUCUAUAUAAAAUUUAAACAUAUUUAUUAGUAAAGGAAGCUAUCGCGAGCUUCAAUCUCAGCUUAGCGAACCACUGCGAUUCUCGAAUCAUUCACAUUCUCUUAUUCGAAACGUGCGCGUCGAGCCUACAACGGCAAUUUGUAAAAAAAAAAAAGAUAUUAAAAACGUUUUAAAAAUUAUCGAAGAAGUAUUUCAAUUUGUUAUUGUGUUUUCAGCAGUAAGAGAGAAAAAUUCUAUAUAUAAGACACAGAGAUAUACACUCACAUAAAGGAUAACACUCAAAUUUAAGUGUUAAUAAAACUUGCAGCGACAUGGCGCUUUCUAAAGUCGACAGCGGAAACGUGGAUUUGGAGCAGGAGCGUUAUUUGCGUGAAGCUACACGCUAUUUUUGUGGCAUAGAAAAGCCGCUUAAAUAUGGUCCCAGCAUUGAUAGCCUUAAUGACUUGAUCACUGCAUUACACAAAGAGUUCGAAACGAAUUUCGUGAAUAUCGAGAUGGUCAAUCACAUAAUGUUGACAUACAAAUCGAAUGCACGCGAAUGGAAGCGCUUCGCCAAGUUCGAUCGUUUCAAGUACACGCGCAAUCUGGUCGACGCCGGCAAUGGCAAAUUCAAUUUGAUGAUCUUAUGCUGGGGUGAAGGUCAAGGCUCAGCCAUACACGAUCACGCCGAUUCGCAUUGUUUCAUGAAGAUGCUUAAGGGUGAUCUGAAGGAGACGCGCUACAAAAUGCCAUGCACUCAGUCCAUAGAGAUGCCCAACGCGGACAUUGGUCAAGUGGAUAGCGAUAGUGAGGGGGAGCAUGAUUUCGAUAGUGAACAACUGACAGCCGAGGGUGACACCACAAUAACUGUUAAUGAUGUGGCAUACAUAAAUGAUAACCUCGGCUUGCAUCGUGUAGAGAAUCCGAGUCACAUUGAGACCGCUGUUUCACUGCAUUUAUAUUGUCCACCUUUCAAUGAGUGUUCUGUUUUUCAUAAAAACUCUGGCAAGCGUAUAAAAUGUCCCGUUACAUUCUGGAGUAAAUAUGGCGUGCGCCAAACUGAGUCCAACAAAUAGUUGCGGGUGAACUAGCCGUUAAAUAUGUACAUAUUGGCUAGUUAAACACUUUAUGGGCAGCAGUUCACCGUGAGCUUUAUUGAUCACCGGAAAUCCUAAUUUUAUUCUCAUUCACUUAGAAAUUUGAUAUAUGUAUGUAUAUUUUAUAUUAAUUAUAAUGUAAACACUUUUUAUAUACAUAUGUAUGGGUGUAUGAAAUCGUGUAUAGUUCUUAUACGGAAAUUAAGAAAAAAAAUUUUCGAAACAACCAGCAACUGGAUUUUCUAUUAAAAUAUAUAUAAAAUUCUUCAAAAAGAAAUCAUAUGAAAAACCCAAAAAGUUUUAACAACAAAUUUAAUAUACUAUUUUUUUCAAAUGAUUAUAAACUUUAGAAAUUAAUAUAUUACACUUCAAACUCAAACCUUAAUUUAAUUUAUUUCUUAUUUUAAAAACUUGUGAUUAAUAUAUAUGGUACUUAUUUUAAGACUAUACAAUUUAAAAUGCACAAAUAAAAAGAAAAAAAUUAAUUACAACUAAAAUAUGUGUUAAAAUAUUAAAAAUUUAGUUCUUAACAACCACUAUGUAUCUACGCAAAAGCAAACACUGGUUAGCAAUACAAAUAUGUAAAUAGCAUUGCCAGUCUAAAUACGUGUUUUGAUCAACGUACUUUAUGCGAUAUUGUAAAAAAAAAAGUGAAAUGCGAAUUUCAAAUAAGUUUCGUAAACUAAAAACUCGGCUUUAAUAUUUAAAUUUUAAUAUAAUUUACAAAAAAAAUUAUUUUAAAUUUUGGCUUCCUAUUUUGAACAGCGCUGACAUUUCGCUUAUGAUGUCUGUCAGUUUGACGUUUCUCAUAUUUUUUGCAUAGCUUGUUUGGGGUAGCGAGUACGCUUUUGUUGCAGUUUUGUGUAUUUUCAGUAGUUGCUGAUUUUAGUUGUGUUUUUGUGUCAUUUUUAUGCUUUGAAAAGAUAUUUAAAGCAAAUGUACGACAAAUAAUUGCGUUUAAUAUAAAAAAUAUAAUAUUUCAACACUUGUGCAAUGGCUUGUUUGCUUUGCAUGGAGGAUGCUACAACACCGGCACAACGUUUCAUUGAUAUUUUCUCUGAAGAAGGUUGCCAAAUGACAGUCUGCAGCAUUAUAGCCAAGCAUCUUUGGUUGAAACCCGAACGGGAUAUAUGUACGGGGCAACGCAUCUGUUGGACAUGUUGGGAGGCUUUGCGUGAUUUUCAUAUAUUUUAUCAACGUAUAGCCGAGGUACAUAAUCGUGCCGAUUGGAAGACUCCAUUUGCUCAUAUUGAGCAGGAGCAGGAAAAUGAUCCAUUGCCACAAGAAAUCCAUCUAAAAUCGGAAAACGCGAUCGAUGCUGAGGAAAAGUUACAAAACUCUAUGCAUGUGGAAGAGAACAUAUUCGAUUCAGAAGUAAAAUUGGAAGUGUACGACUUAGAUUUAUUACCACAAAUCGAAAUCAUCGAAGAGAGCACACCCAUAAGUGAAAGAGCACAACGCGCAAAGCGUCGAGGUCGUCCACCAAAAGAUGCAAAUGCCAAAAUAUCGGCGACCACUAAACGUGUUAAGCAAGAAACACCUCAGCCGUGUGCUGAAAAUCACGACGAUGAUGAUUCAGAAACCGAAUUGCCUUUAUCUGUCUUACUAAAUACUAGUAUCAAGACUGAUACCAAGGAAGAUCCUAAAUCCUCUAUUGAUACAUCACCACAAGACGAAGCAACAACUGAAAAAGAAGUUACAACUACUGCAACUGCGGAACCAGAGAAAAGAAGACGUGGCAGACCUAGAAAAAUACGGAAUGACGAAGAAAAAUCGAAUAAGAAAGAUGACACGAAGGGUGACAUAAAAAAUGAGUGUGGUAUUUUGCACAGCGACGACGAAUUUGUGGAUAAUGAUCACGAUUUUGACACUGUCCAGGGCGGUUUAUCUGGUACCGAUGAUAGCGUUGACUCCAGCAGCGAACAUACGGAUUCUGAUCAAAGUUUACCCGACUUCGAACCUAAGCCACAAUAUGCUGUUAUACCGAAAAGAAAGAUUGUCAAGCCAAAAAAGUAUCGUAAACGCGAAAAACCAAUUGUGCCUCCUAAACGUAUGUCACGUGAGGAGAUCGAGGCGAAGCGUGCACAACAAGAUGAAUACGAUAGAGUAAUACGUCAAUUUUUCGGACGUUUUGCUUGCCCGAAAUGCGAAUUGCUGGUACAAAAUUUUGCCGAAAUACGUGGGCAUUUUCGUGCUUCACAUAAUGAGGAUCCGGGUUAUAUGAUGUGUUGCGGUCGCAAAUUUCCACAAAGAAAAGCAUUGGCCGAGCAUAUAUAUUUACAUUGGAAUCCAGAACACUUUAAAUGCACUACAUGCGGUAGACUAUUCACCGACAGUCGUAACCUCGAGCAGCAUGAAGAGGCACAUGUUAAUCCGCCCGAACCGAAGGAACGCAAAAUGUUCCAGUGUGACAAAUGUCCGAAAGUUUUCACAACAAAGGCAGCUUUUGAACAUCACUCCUUUUCAAAGCAUGUACCCAAGUCAGAAUUCAAAUUCUCAUGCACUCAGUGUAAUAAAAAAUUACCAACACAACGUAAGCUCAAGGAUCACAUUAAAUACAAUCACGAUCCGGAGAGCACAAUUAUUUGUGACAAAUGCGGCAAACAGGUGCGCACGCAGUACCUGAAGAAACACCAUCAACUGGAGCAUUCCGAAGUGCCACGACCUGUGCCUCAGCCAAUGCAGUGUCAGAUCUGUGGUACUUGGUUGCGACACAUGUCUGGCCUUAAACAGCAUAUGAAAUCGAUUCAUGAAGAUCCGGGUGGUGAACAUCGCUGCCAGAUUUGUAAUAAAGUCUCGACGACAUCGCGCGCACUCAGGCGCCAUAUUUACCUCAAUCAUGAAUGUGAGCGCAAAUUCAAAUGUACAAUGUGCGAGAAGGCAUUCAAGCGACCACAAGAUCUUAGGGAACAUACCUCAACACAUACCGGUGAAGUGUUAUAUACCUGUCCUAAUUGUCCAAUGACUUUCUUCUCGAAUGCUAAUAUGUAUAAGCAUAGACAGCGUUUGCAUCGUGCUGAAUGGGAGGCAGAUAGGAAAAAGCCCAGGCAUAUAGCAAAUAUUAUGGCGCAGGCUAUGGGUGCGACAGCCGCUUUGAAAGCAAAACAAGCUGUAGGUGCAGCAACGGCUUUUUUCGCGCAAAAGAUUAACACGAGUGGUAGUACAAUCAGUACAGAAAGUGUCAAUGCCAAUCCAGAUGCCGUGCAACAACAUUUAGAAAUGACUAUUCAAUAAGAUUCAUUGAGAUCAAAGAGAAAUAUAUAUACAUAUAUAUAAAAUCAUAAAAACAUAGUUAUUUAUUAAGUUAAAUAUAAGUCGCUCACAAUAACUAGUAUUUCAACAGUUAUACAAAACUGUAUAAGUAUGUACAUAUAUACAUACAAAUAAAGGCAUGCUUGAAAGAGUUU